AUGACUGCGACAGCCGGAGAAGCGAACGACGAUCAGACUGCCAACCACGGAAAUUCGCCAUCGACGCCCAACUCGAAUGCGAACACGGCGCAGAACAGCAACUCCAAGAGCGCCCUUGCUACCAAGGAUCGUUCCUGUCCCUUCUGCGGACAGGCCUUCACCUCGUCCAGCCUCGGCCGACACCUCGACCUGUACAUUCGCCCCAAGAAUCCCAAGCCCGCUGAUGGCGUGCACGAUGUCGACGAGAUCAGAAAACUGCGCGGUGGCAUUACGCGCCGCCAGCCAAGAACCGGUGGUCGGGCGGGAGGCGCCAGCAAUGGCCGGGAACAGAGCCAUUCGCGCCAGGGAAGCGCUGGUGGAGUGCAGAGUGCGCAACGCGCCGACGACGACUCUCCUAUGCGUUCGCUGGCGCACGCAGAGCAGGAUGCGCCCAUCAACUUCCCCGGACACGCCAAAGAUGGACCUGGGACGGCCUUUUUCCCGAACAAGGCCCAUUGGCAGGCCACUGGAGUGAUCAACAACCUGCCGCCGCGAGCUUCCUCGCGGUGUCCAUCUCCCAAGGCGGCGGCAGCAGCAGCAGCAGGGGCCCAAGCACAGCGCAUACAGGAUAUGCUCCGGGACAGUGCAGGCACGAGAUCCCAACGGCCCGAUCACGAGAGCAGCGAAAGCAUGUGGAAACUGCAGGAGUCGGCAGAGAUGGGUCGUGCUGCAGAGAUGGCUUUGCGUGAGGUACUGGGCAGCCUGGCGGCUGCUGCGAAGAAAAUGGAGCCAAAACUCCUCUUUGAUGAUUUCGACUUCUUCUCGCUCUCCUUUCCAGGCCUCUGUCUUGCCAUUCUGCCCCCUCCCAGCACUUUGUUCAGUGCGAACCCUUUUCCCUCUGCGGAUUCGUGGACUCUCGACCCUCCCGGACUCGGACAGUUCACGACCAUGGCCAGGUUACUGAAUGAGCGGCGUCAGCAACGUGACCCUGUCCCAGACGCUGUGGCCUUCAAGCAUCAUGCCCACUUAUCAGGUGCCUGGGAGCACUGGAACUCCAUGGCGGAGCAGGAACGUGUAGUCGCCUGGCAAUUGGAGUGUUUGCGGUCAUUCACGCGCUCCCAGGAACGAAACAGCCAGCUACGAUCGGACCUCGAUCGCUUGGAGCAGCACAAUCGCCACUUGGAGGCUGAAUACGACCGCUUAUCACGCUGUCAGUUGCCCUUGGAAUUCUUGACGCAUCCUCCGAACACCAUACCCAUCUCACCCGCAGUCAUGAAGGAAGUAAAGAGCUCGGAUUCGACUUCAGGCGCAGCGGCAGCCAACUACAACGCGGAAGAUUUAAUAGCCAAGUGGCGAUCGACGAUUCGCGCAUCCACGAGGCCAUCGCGAUUGUGGCAAGCUGCUAUCCCGCCGCAGCAAGGAGUGUAUACCGAGUCCACCAGGAAUAACCUGCGCGAUGACAUGUUGCUGAAUGGUAGUGUAUGGAAUAUUGGUGGGCGGCUGCCACGUGCAACAACGACAGCGCUGCCCGACACUCACCGAGAGGUCUCGUCGAUAUCCUACGAGACGCCGCCCAACCCGGGAGUGGUGGUCGGUGCAAAUGACGACGACGACACACCCAAUCAUGAUGCUGACGCGGAUGGCGAAGCGGAAGAUGAUAACGAGGAAUACCAUCAGUAUGGAGAACAGACAGCCCUCACGAAACGUCGCAAGGUGGACGUCUCGCUUCAUGGGACGGAUGGUCAGCGGCAGGACACCGGCAUACUCAAUGUCAAUGGCAAACGGCCUUUGGGUGGGCGAAGCAGCACAAGGUUACUGACAGAAACUGUACCGCCAAGGUAG